AUGCAGGCUCGUGGAUUCAAUGGCGGGCCAGCCGUCCCGCUGGUGCGCAUCGAGGAGAUGUACGAAUCAGAGUCGGAGGUGUCAGAGCGACAGUCAGCACCGGGUCCUCCUGAUGGCAGAGAAUCUGGCAGAGAAGGCUGCUACACGUUGCUUCGCUCUUACGAGGACUUGCAGGUUCAGGACCUGCAGGCCAAGGAAGCUGAGAUCCGAGAGCUGCGGCAUGUGAUUGCCAUGAAGGAUCACAUAAUCCGGUCCCUGGGAGAGGAGAUCGGUUCCGCAGAGGUGGCUGCGCAGGUCAUCUCGAUGAAGGAUCACGUGAUUCGGACGCUCCAAGAGGAGCUCGAAGAGACGAAGCACUCGUUCUGGGAAUGUUCCGGUGCGAUGGUGGAGCAAGCAGCGAUGUUCACAGCUUUGCCAGUUGCUGAAAGCACUGCCUACAUCCCAGUACCAGGCAACCUGCUGGAUCAACGGAUCGCUGAUUUCAGCAAUGGCAGAAGGAACUUGGUCAUGUUCACGAGAUUGAAGGAAGAGGGCUUCUACCUCUUCGGUCGGAUGCUGGUACAGUGCUUUACUAGCAAUCGAGCUCGUCACUAUCAAGCUGGGGUUCUCGUCCAGGAGUUAGACAGCGAGGAGGUCUACGACAUUGAAGAUUUCAUGGAGCGGUUCGAGCGCUUUGAGCAUCAGCAGCUCGAGCAGCAUUUUCUGGCCGCGGCACAGGGUACCACCACAGGCAUGGAACCCGUGACUCGAUUGAACCAUGGACCGUAG